AUGCAUAGCUGUACUCAAUAUAAAGCACUUAAUGAUGACAGUAAUAAAACCACGCAUAUGUACAUGUUCACUUUACAUGGGUUGGGUAUACUAACGCCUGACGAGCUUGUAUCGAUGGGUUUAGAGACAGCACAUGCUUAUUGCAUCUACUCUACCUUAAAGGCCAGGAAGAAGAAUACAUGCGAAAGCUCCAGCAAGUCUAUCCAAUCUUCUGGAGGGAUAAAUAUUUAUGUCGCGCAAAUGGCCAACAUCGGUGGAGAGCUUGUCUACAAAAUGGUGCACCUUCGUCAGAGAACAAAAGAGGAGUUAUACAGUGCACUGAGAAAUUGUAACGCGAUCCGGAAGAGUGACAGAACACGCAUGUUUUACGUCGGUCCUGCAGGCAUUAAAGUGGAAAUGUCGGACGAGGCGCUUCGUGGUGGCAUUGUGUCGAAGUUGGCUGAAGACGGCUACCGGGCGACCUCGUUAGCUGGCGCAGUUGAUCUGAAAGGAGAAAGUGUACACGAAAUACAGAUCAGGCGCACGACAGUUGCUCUGAUUUCUGCAACCGAUAUCCAAAAUCUUAAGUCCGCUCCUCAAAAAAUUCCAGCUCGAUACCACGUUCACACACCGCGCGUGAAGGGUGUCGCCCGCAACUACGUUGCCCUCAUCUCCCAUCAACAGGACCUUUUCGACCUACAGCGGUGCAAGCCUCUCGGGAAUCCUGGAGAGGCGAAGAAUCUUUGUCAACCCUAA